AUGUCCUUUUCUGCUGAGCACGGGAAGACCGGAGAUGAACUUGGUGAGCUGCUUGCAGGAAUGUUUGACUCCAAACCCAAUGCAGUACUUCAACGCAGCGUCGACGGUAUGACCCUUGCAGAGAUGCAACAGCAUGUUCUUCGUUUGGCGUCCACUCUUCGUGUGGCGCAGGUGGGUCAUGUGGCCCUUUGUUUGCAUCCGGGCUUUGGACUGGUCGUUUCGCUGGUAGCGGUCCUUUGGUGUGGCCGGGCCUUUGUACCUCUUGAUCCCAGUUAUCCUCUAAGUCGUUUGCAGUUCAUCUUGGACGAUUCCGAGGCCCAAGUAUUGGUGUCACAGAGAGAGAUCAUGGAGGUACUGCACAGUUUGGACAUCAUGUCCAAGAUCUUCAUCUUACUGAUCGAUUCCUCGGGUGCCCUGGUCUGUGGACACGUCUCCGGAGAUACCUCUUGGAGAACCAAGCCCUCAGCAUCUGCCUAUAUCAUUUACACCAGUGGAAGUACCGGAGUUCCGAAAGGUGUGAUGGUGUCGCGGCAGAACUUUGCAAAUGUCCUCAGGUCCUUUAAGGACAUGAUGGAAGUCAAGCUGUUGAAUGAAGGUCGUCAGCCAAGACCAAAGCAGAUUUGGUGGAUAGCUCAUACCACGAUUUGCUUUGACAUUGCGCUUCUGGAAUUGUUCUUGCCCUUGGUGAUGAACAUCUUCAGUGAUGGUCUUAGGCACUUGGUCUUAGAACUUCUCGACCGCAGCACGACCCAAAAUGGUGACUGCUUCAAGCAACACUUGGAGCGCGUUUCUGCUGACCAGACCCUCACGAUUCUCCAGGGAACUCCCAGCACCUUCAACGUCCUACGGUCUGCCGGAUGGACGCCAAGAGCGAAUCACCUCCUCUUGUGUGGUGGGGAACCAUUCCCAUUGUGGUUGGCGGACUUUUCGUCCACCUCGGAGAUCUACAACGUCUAUGGUCCCACGGAGACGACCAUUUGGUCCUUGGUGCACCACGUGAGACGAGCAUACACGGCAUACACGUCCGAGCUCCGAAAUCUGGGGGUUCCGAUUGGCCAAGCAAUUCGACAUACCACUGUACAAGUGGAUGCUUCCGUGGGAGGAACCGAUGAAUCUGAAAGCACCGAGCUCUCUCCGCAUGCUACAGGGAGCCGUGGAGAACUUGUGAUUGGAGGUUUGGGGGUGAGUCUUGGUUAUUGGAAGCGGCCGGAGCUCACAAGAACUCGAUUUUUUGAAGCAGAUGGAGUGCGCCACUUUCGAACUGGCGAUCUGGUUCUGGAGGUCAGGGAGGAUGGCACAGAUACAAUUGAAUGCACAAAACAGCCUGGGAAGCUGUUCUGCUUGGGUAGACUGGAUCAGCAAGUGAAAUUGAACGGCUUUCGAAUUGAAUUGGGAGAGAUCGAAACCUUGCUACAGAGCAUGAAAGGCAUUCAGCAAGCUGCUGUUCAAGUGAGAUGCAAUAAUUCCAGCAUCAAGGUUUUGGUUGCAUACAUUGUGUGGAAAACGGCCACACAGAUCCAAACCACCCAUGAGAUGCUUGUUUUCCUUCGGAAGCACUUGCCAGACUACAUGCUGCCACAGCGUUUCGUGAACCUUGAAAGCCUUCCGAUGACUUUGAACGGCAAAAUCGAUCGCGGGCAGCUCCCUGAUCCGUGGGAGGCAACGAAGUUAUCGAGUGGAGUUGGUGAAGCGAAUGAAUCGAAUGACGACCAGGUCAGUUCUGAGGAGAUCCAGGUGGAGAGGUUGCGGCACAUCGUUCUAGAGGUGAUUCAGGAGGUGAUUGCAGGUCGAAGCCACACCUCCAGCGGUGACGUCGACGUUUCCACGGAUGCCUCCAUGCAGGGUAUGGAAGGUGAGCACUGGCGACAUUUGGGUUUGAACUCGACCAUGGCCACCAGCUUCAGUGCUCGUUUGCAAGAGCGCCUCCAAACCACUUGGACGACUUUCUCCAGAACACCUGUUCGACCGUCCAUCAUGUUUGAAUGUCGCACCAUGUCGGAGCUGGUGUCACAUCUCGUGCACCUGGGCAACCCGCACGACCCGCAGGGCGGCCAGGAGGGCUCGAGGACGGAAAACCCACUGGACAGGGAAAGCACCGCGAGGACACGGUCCGCGCCAGAGGGUUCGUCAGGAGCGCGGCUGGCCGCGCCAGUGGGUGAAGCGCAGGUGAAGUGGGUGCGCCACGUGGUGUCCUUGGGCACUCUGUGCAUGACAGCACAGGCCAUGGAGCACUGGAACCUCCGACGGUGGCCGGGGCCCUUCGACUGGAUCUUCUCGGGUCCGGAGAUGGUGACGCAUUGCUUGGCCGAGGGACGCCGUGGAGCACCCGGAGGUUCGAGAUCCUUCGCCACGUUCCUGGAUGCCAGCAAGUAUCUCGCAAAGCCAUGCAACAAGGCUGGCCAUGAAGUUUACUCUGCGAUGCUGCAACGUGACGUGAUUUUCAACCACCACAAUCCGAUGCUGGAGAAGGACUACGAGUUCUUCGUGGCGAAUGUCAAGUCACUCCAGGCACUCAUGUGGAGUCCGCACUCGCUGCCCGAGCCGAAUGGGCGAUCGCCGCGCUGCAGCUCGAUGGUUCUUUUUCUCCUCUUCAACUUGGAGCGGCGCGUGCCCUUGCGCCACAGCGCCAUUCAGGAGCUCUUCCAGGAGUUGACGUCGCAAUGCUCCUGGAACUUUCAACUUCUGGUGGUCCAAGUCCACACCAAGGCGGCGGAGAGUCCUCAGAGUCGCUUGUUGGAAGAUCGCUCGAGUCGCAACUGCAGCAACCUGACGCAACAACUGUUGGUCUAUGAGCUUCUUUGUCAAGGUGCGCAUGAUGGAUGGCGCUUCAGUGAUGAGAAAGACAUGCAAGCACUGGGUGAGAUUGUGUUGAAUGGUCGUGACUUCCGGUUGAUGCCUGCUCCGGGCGAAAAGCUUGCGAAGUGCAACACCCUCUCUUGCCCAUUCUCCAACACGUGGCUCUCAACUCACUGUUGUCACAGCUGUGCGAAAACGUCUGGAUCCCGCCAUGGAGACAGAUGCGAUGGGAUCAAGCACCAUGGCCAUGACGACACUCAGCGGCCGGGCGAGAUGAAGAGUGUGAGCACUCGGAGUGGCACGGUUUCGCGGGCAGUACGUUUCCAAGAGGCCUUGUCGAAGGCACGUGAACUGCAACGCACUGCAAAGUGCCUACAAAUUCAAAGUUCAGCAGUCAGGAAGUUGCGGAGUGUGCUUCCAAAGCAGCAAACACAUUUGGAGCAUUCCAGCAGCCAAGAUUGUUGUCACAUGGAGUCAGUCACCGAUGAAUGGCAAUUCUUGGGGUAUCCACUCUACGCGGAUGAAGGUUGCAGAAUUUGGUCUCCAGGCGCUUCCGAUUUGCGUGCAGCUUUUCAAACUUUGCUGGACUGGCCACGAUCGAAGGCGCCAGCUUUCUUAUUGGUCGAAGGCGCCAGCGGCCAGGCGGCCUUGGACCAAGCGGCCAGCACGACGGCCACGGCCAGGUCGACGUCGCGCCGGGCGGGCCGCUUGCUGGGCUUCAAAGCCAACACUGAUUUGUUCGUGGCCAAUUCUUCGCAGUGGUCGGACAAGCUGCCACGAACGACAGAGGAGUUCGUGCUCUUCGGCCACAUCAACAGGGACGAGAUGCAGCAAGACCCUAUAGCUGAUGAAACUUGA